AUGUUCUGCUCCAGGAGGGUUCUGCAGCAGUGGUUCUUCGCUGUGUUCCUGCUCUGUUCUCCGGUUCCUCACCUCGGACGUUCCAUCGACGCCCUGAGCAGCAGAACAAAGCGCUCGGUGACUCACGCGCAGCUGAUGCACGACAAAGGCCGGACGCUGCAGGACUUCAAGCGCCGCAUGUGGCUGCAGGAGCUCCUGGACGAGGUCCACACGGCGGAGAUCCGCGACCUCCCGGCUCGCUCCGCCGGAGGAGGCGGCGGCAGCAGCGGGGCCGGCGGCGGGCUGCCGGGAGCCGGCCUGGGCAUCAACCUGAGCACCACCGGCAGCACCCUGCACUCCAAACCCCCCGGGGGAACCAAGAACCUCCCCAUCAGCUUCCGGCUGGAGGAGGAGGAGGGCACAAACCUGCCGCAGGAGACCAACAAGUCUCAGACGUACAAGGACAGCGCGCUGAAAGCACCCGGCAAGAAGAAGAAGAAAGGGAGGUCCGGGAAGAGGAGGGAGGGCGACAAGAGGAGGAGGAGGGCGCGCUCUCUGGGCUGGAGGCUGGAGGACCAACCCGGGACUGGACUGCACCUGGAAUGGAGGUCUCGGCUCGGGCUGCAGAGGGCGCUGCUGUAAAACGCUGUCAGUCUCUGACAAUGGACCUCCGGCCCGUCGAUGGACCCCUGAACGCACCACGCAGACUUCUGUUCAGUGAUUGUUUGGAAAGAAAUUGGAAAAUAUUUAUUAUCUGUAAAUAUUCUAAAUAUAGCAGAA